CCCAGACUAAGGGAGCCGGCGCCCCCCACCCGCACCCCUCGCCGCCCGACCGCACAGCCGGCGGUUCUGGGAAGACGUCGCUUCCGGGAAGGGCUGGGACACAGAGGACAAAAGAUUAGGCUGUUCGCUCCGCCCCGUCCUCCAGGCCCGCCCCCCGCACUCUCCCGGCGCACCCGCUCCGCCACCUCUCAGUCCCGGCCCGCCGCCCGUGCGCCCCGGGAGCCUGCCCUGAGAGCGCGAUCCGCGCCCACUGGCUCACUCCAGCUGCCGCCGUCAGGCCGGGCCUCAGCUCCGGAGCAACAGCUGCCGCUGCCAGGACAUGGUCCUCUGCGUUCAGGGACCUUGUCCUUUGCUGGCCGUGGAGCAGAUUGGGCAGCGGCCCCUGUGGGCCCGGUCCCUGGAGCUGCCCCAACCAGUUAUGCAGCCUUUGCCUGCUGGCGCCUUCCUGGAGGAGGCAGUAGAGGAGUCCCCAGCCCAGCCAGAGAGGGAGACCAAGGUGGUGGACCCCGAGGAGGACCUGCUGUGCAUAGCCAAGACCUUCUCCUACCUUCGGGAAUCUGGCUGGUAUUGGGGUUCCAUUACGGCCAGUGAGGCCCGGCAACACCUGCAGAAGAUGCCAGAGGGCACCUUCCUGGUACGUGACAGCACCCACCCCAGCUACCUGUUCACACUGUCCGUCAAGACCACCCGCGGGCCCACCAACGUGCGCAUUGAGUACGCCGACUCUAGCUUCCGCCUGGACUCCAACUGCCUGUCCAGGCCACGCAUCCUGGCCUUCCCAGAUGUGGUGAGCCUGGUCCAGCACUACGUGGCCUCCUGUGCCGCAGACACCCGGAGUGACAGUCCCGACCUUGCCACCACUCCAGCCCUGCCCACCCCGAAGGAAGAUGCACCUGGUGACCCAGCCCUGCCCGCCACGGCCGUUCACCUGAAACUGGUGCAGCCCUUUGUUCGCAGGAGCAGCACCCGAAGCCUGCAGCACCUGUGCCGCCUCGUCAUCAACCGUCUGGUGGCUGACGUGGACUGCCUGCCACUCCCCCGCCGCAUGGCUGACUACCUCCGACAAUACCCCUUCCAGCUCUGACCUGGCCGAGCAGCCGCCUGGCCUCAUCCAGCUGGACCCUGGAGGGGACAUGGGCCCCAGCUGGACUUGGGCUCCCACGACCCCUCCUCCAGUCAUCCUGGUGCCUGUGCACAUCUGGCAGCUAGACCAGGAACGGUCCGCAGGAACGAGGCUGGGGGUGAGGGGUCAGGGAAAGUGUCACACGACUUGGAGGUCGGCGCCCCCCGCCCCCCGGCUCCCACGUGACUCCAUUGUGGCGGGCCAUAUGUGUCAAAAGAGAGGGCACUGGCAGGACCUUGUCUCAACUCUGUGGGCUGGGCCCAGUCCCCCACUCACCUGCUGCGGACUCCUGAACUGUGUAGACUUGGCCGACCCUGGUUUCUCCAUCCUCAGGGUGGGGCGGGCCCCUUCCUUCCAGCUAGCCAGCCUCUGUCUCAGGGGCAUAUCAGCCAGAGGAACCGAGGUUGAUGGUGACAGUCCCCGGGCAGGGGCGCAGACCAAACUGGGGGACAGCACAGUUAUAUAGUAUUUAUUUAUUUAUUCUCCCUGGGUUGGUCUUGGGGUGAGCCGACCCCUUCUCUCUGCCCUGAGCACUCCAGAGGCCCCAGACUGGCCCCAGCUUCUCUGGUUCCUCCCACCCUGAGAUGCGCUGUUGGACCCAAGGUGGUCCUGCAUGUCCUGGCACUAACCCGUCUACCCGAGAAGCAGUCCUUCUCCUUGGCCUCCAGCCCUGUUUUGGGAGGAUGGGUGAAUAAACAAGAACAUGGAGCCAACAUGUUAGCGCCCAGCAGAGCCUGCCACUCACCCCCUCCGGGGCCGAGCCCUGUCUGCGUAGAGCUGGUCUCGCCGGGGCACAGGCCCUGCACAAGUCGGGGGCCGGGUCAGGGAGCGGCAUGGUCGUUGGAGGGCCACGGCUCCAGCUCUGCUGGGUCUGCUUCCUGCCCAGGAACAUGCGUUCACUCAAGAGAGGGGACGAAAUUCCAUAUCCGAUGAGACUUUAUAAAAUAAUUAUUACUUUAAACAGUUUGGUAGUCUUUUUAUUUUCACUGCUUUUUCUGUAAUGACAAUAAAAUUGUACCUUUCAUGUAUGGAGCCCUCA